AAAAUAAAUCUCUCGCUACAUACGCCCACAUUCUUCCACUGAAGUUCGGUGGAAGAAACUGAAAGAAGGUCGUUGUAAUAACACGCAAAUCACGACUUACUAACGAAAUUCUACUUCAGCAAAUCCUUGGUUUUCAAUUAGGAUUUGUAACACUUUGUAACGUUACACGCCAAAUGGCAUAGUAGUUAUGUGGGUUUGGACGGAUAAAGUAGUCCUGUGUGUUGCUGUGUUUACGUUGCGUUUGCCGCCGACAAGCACAGUGACACGGAUCAGACUUGGUCAAUGUUGGGUUAUAUGCAAAUGAGUCGUAUGCAAAUGUAAAAGCUGGUGUAUAAGAUAUACCUAAUGCUCAUAGAUAACAGUAUAUUGCUUUUAUAUUAAAUGUUAAUCACUCUUAAAGUCUUCAUAUUCCAUACUAGUAAUAUGUGUGUAAUAUUAGUGUCAUGGUAAACUAUGUGCCUUUCCGGUAAAAACUGAAGGGAACGUCAAUACGUAACGGAGCUAGUUUAUGUUCAGAGAAGUGAGUUUUUGUCUGAGCCACUGCUCCUUGUCCACUGUUGCUAUAACUUACUGUGGAACCAUGAUGCUCCUAAACAGGAGGUUGUCGGAGAGGGUCUAUCUCUCAUCACCAUACAUGUUAUCUAGUACAUGGACACGAUCCACACUUCAGUUGGAACUGGAACUUUUUUUCAACACAUACCAAGUAGACUGUAAUUAGACUUUAUGAGACUACUAAUCACAUUAUACUUAUUUAAUUCUUCAUCCCCUUCAUUUGAUUCAUCAUAAUUGACCUCUCUUAUUGUGAUGAGACGGGGCUUAUUAUUUUAUAUAUAGGACAUAACAAAUAAAAUAAAAACGUUCAUACCAAAACAAACAUCUUUAUACGGAAUGGUUAGCAACUAAUGCAUGUAUUUUUACACCUCUACCAGUUUGUGAUGGUCAUUUAUGUUCUGCAAUUUCGUGUUACUCAUACAUACACUGAUACAAUAACUCUAGGAACACAGCCCCACAUCUACAUAUUGACAAUUAGUUUUGAUGAAUUCAGUGUUGUUGAUAAAUAAUGUUGAAUGUUGAAAUUACAGAAAUUUUGUGGUGGUCGGUUAAAUUCUAAAGGUAUUGUUUAAAGGCUGGUUAGUCAAAAUUUGGUUUGAAAAGUAAAAAUUAAUUAAUUUUUGAAGAUGUUUUGACAUCUAAUGUUACAAACUGCUCCUUGAUGCAUAAAAAAAGAUCUAUGUGAAGAACUGAACAUUUAGGCGUUUUCUUUUUCUUCAGCAGAUACGUUUUAAAUUUACAGGGAGGCAUGCCAGGGCGCCAGGAUGAAGUGACUGAUAAAGAAUUGUGACGAGGCCAUUUUUAAAAUAAAAUUAUUAUUUUAACUCCAUUCCUGCGGCAGGCGGUGUCCUCCUGACUGCCCCACACCUACUGACCUCUGACCUCUGAACAGCAUGCAUGUUUCUGCUGGAGACUCUGGAGGACCUGGACGACAGUCUGAAGAAGCUCAAUUCCAGAUUGUUUGUAGUCAGAGGGCAGCCUACAAAUGUUUUUCCAAGGCUUUUUAAGGAAUGGAAAGUGACCAGGUUGACGUUUGAAUAUGACCCAGAGCCUUAUGGGAAGGAGAGGGAUGGAGCCAUCAUCAAGAUGGCCCAAGAGUUUGGAGUGGAGGCCAUUGUCAGAAACUCCCACACCCUCUACAACCUGGAUAGGAUAAUAGAGGCGAACAACAACAGUCCUCCUCUCACCUUUAAGCGGUUUCAGACCAUUGUGAGCAGACUGGAGUUGCCCAGAAGACCUCUGCCUCCCAUCACCCAGCAGCAGAUGGACAAAUGUUGCACUAAAAUAUCUGACAACCAUGAUCAGCUAUACAGUAUACCUUCACUGGAAGAACUAGGUUUCAGGACUGCAGGAUUAUCUCCAGCUGUGUGGAAGGGAGGAGAGUCAGAAUCCUUGGACAGACUCAACAAACAUCUAGACAAAAAGGUGUGGGUGGCCAACUUCGAACACCCUCGUGUCAACACGUGCUCUCUGUAUGCCAGUCCCACCGGCCUCAGCCCCUACCUACGCUUUGGAUGUUUGUCCUGUAAGGUUUUGUACUACAACCUCAGAGAGCUCUACAUGAAGCUCCGUAAGCGCUGCAGUCCUCCUCUGUCCCUGUUCAGCCAGCUCUUAUGGAGGGAGUUCUUCUACACAGCUGCCACCAACAACCCAAACUUUGACCGCAUGGAGGGAAACCCCAUCUGUGUCCAGAUCCCAUGGGACCAGAACCCAGAGGCACUGGCCAAGUGGGCUGAGGGUCGGACUGGUUUUCCCUGGAUCGACGCCAUCAUGACCCAGCUGAGAAUAGAGGGCUGGAUCCAUCACCUGGCCCGACAUGCUGUGGCCUGUUUCCUCACCAGGGGAGACCUGUGGAUCAGCUGGGAGAGCGGCAUGAAGGUGUUUGAGGAGCUGCUGCUCGAUGCAGACUGGAGUGUAAAUGCUGGUAGCUGGAUGUGGCUGUCCUGCAGCGCCUUCUUCCAGCAGUUCUUCCACUGCUACUGUCCUGUUGGCUUUGGAAGGAGAACUGACCCAUCAGGAGACUUCAUCAGGCGUUACAUCCCCAUCUUGAAAGACUACCCUAACCGGUACAUCUAUGAGCCGUGGAACGCCCCAGAGUCGGUCCAGAGGGCAGCCAACUGUGUCGUGGGAGUGGAUUACCCCAAACCCAUGAUCAACCACGCAGAGGGCAGCAGGCUCAACAUUGAGAGAAUGAAACAAGUUUACCAGCAACUCUCCCAUUACAGAGGACUCAGUCUACUAGCAUCAGUACCAACGAUCCAAGAGGAGGCAGAGCCACCAAUGACCGAUGAGUCCCAGAGCAGCAGUGGCCCUGACUCUCCUCCCAAAAGUCCUGCUGACAGUGAAGCAGCUGUCUGCUCUACAGCUCCUGAUUCGUCCACAGUCUGCCCAUAUCCAGACCUGGAGGGGGCAGUGGACAGUCAACCAUCCCAGACAGUCUGGGCCUCUUCAGGCUCACACACACAGCCCGCUGUGGCCAUAACAUCUAGCAGCCAUCCUCUGUCCACACCAACCCAGAGCAAUCUGUCAAGGUCCAAACCCUCCCCCCCUUUAUGUCCCCCCAUGUCCCCGUCCCCCAGUUCAGCCAUGACCAAGACUCAGCCCAUCUCUCAGGGGCAGAGGAGGAAAGGCCUUGCCUGCGAGGUGCGGCGCAGCCAGAGGCAGCAAGGGCGACAGAGCUUCACUUUAGCAGCCAGGGAGGGAGAGAGCAGAGCGGAGGAGGAAGAGGAGGAAGCAGGAGGGGAGGAGAUGAUGGAGGAGGACAUUGAGCAGGGUGAGGAGAGAAUGGAGGAAGAGACAGCAGCAGGACAUCAGCUGUGAUAUAAGGUAGAGAUCAACGAUCCAUCCCAGACAACUGGAUAAAGACAUUCAAGGAAAAGUGUUCUGGAUAUGUGGACAACACUAAAUAUAUAUAUAUAUAUAUAUAUAUAUAUAUAUAAACACAACACAAGUGGAAGCAGUACAAAAGAAAGUGGUAAUACAGUCCAGACAAUAUUAGUAGCUCCAGGAAAAUAAAUGACCCAUUUUAACAUUUUAGAGCAGAACCAGUCCAGAACUGUAAAUGAGUCAUAAAUAUUUUUUUAUUUGAGGAAAUGGAUGAGGUCACAAUCUUUCAAAGUAUUUAAGAUGAUUAAUGAGUAAUCUUCUCGUGUACAGUUCCAUCUCUGAGACACACACAGUUCAUAAGGAGCAACAUAGCACCUCUUAACACACCAUGUCCACAUGGAAUCCAUAGAAUAUGUCCGUCAGCACAGCCCCUCUCUGCUUGUCCUCUUGCUCCUAUGAAGGUCAUUGUCUUUCAAAACAAGGUAGUGCUGGAGCCUGAAUGUCCCCUUCAUAAACAUACUGUCCUGUCUCUGCACCCGAUUCGCUCUCCUUUCUGGGAAAUAAAAGUAACUCAAAGUCUGAAAGAUAUAUUAAGUUGUGGGUGACGACAGAGUGGUGCUCAGAACUUCAUUCUGUGUCUCUACCGGGCCAAAAACUGUCUAUUCUUCUUCUUUAGAGGCAUUCAGGAACCCUGCUCGAGCUUCAGACAGAUUUACUAACAUUCAGUAAAAUGUAUUAAACUUCACUUAAGGUUGUAGCUUCCUUCAAUGUACAUUUUGUGCUUGCUUAGGAGGCCCUGAUAUUCAUAUGUAUUCAUAAAUGCAGGUGGGAAAACAGUGGCUAAUGUUUUUAAAGCAACUGCUGGCCCCGGGGAGAUGGAAGGGUUUUUCUGUUCAGUUGGUCCUGUUGAUUUUGUUCAGGACAUUCUCCUGAUUAUACAACAUUAAAACAAAACAAAACAAAACACUAAAGAACAUUUAAUGUAACAAUAAUAAUGUUUUGGAUACAUAUCUGAUAUGUUUGCUAGCAGCAGUGACGAUGUUAAUUAGUGACAAGAACAUAAGAUUGUUAUAGUCCACCUUUUUAAAUCAUAAAUUCCCUGUCUGUUUUGGAGGGUCACACAUAUAUGAAGGUUUAUGAAACAAAAUGUAAAUUCAUAGGCCAAGUCAAGACCCUCUGUAGGAACAGCUUUUAAUAGCUGGUAAUAGAAUAUGCUGCUUGUGAGGAAUGAAUGUUAAUCUCCCCAUCUGAAUUUUAUUUUAAAGUGACGAUCUGUGUGGCCAUUCCAUUCUCAUUACUUUCUUUCAACCUCAAUGUUUCAGCUGCAUUUGUCAGCUUCAAACUUUAGUGCAGAAUAAGCAACCAUAGCUGCAGUUUGAUUUGUGAAACCCCCCAUCAGUGUUGGCUGGAUGGGUUGUUUCCCCAUAGAGGGAUCAUAGAUUGGUUAGACACUAAGCUCACAGACCAUGUACGUGUUGUUCUGUCGGUGUAAAAGACAUGUGGGAACUGUAUGAAGUUGGAAUCCUACAAGGUAAAAAGACAAAUUGGUCAGUGGCCCAACCACAGGUCAGAAAAGCUCCCAGUUCCCACUGUUUCUGAACACACACCCUGAUCAGAUGCUUGUGUUCUGCUGUACAUUCCAACAAAAAACAGCAUGAUCCUCUGCAGGCCCGGGGGUUUGUCUCAAACGUGUGGACUACCUGGAUAUUUAUUUGUUUUGUAUUGUACAAAAAGAGUUUAUUUUCAUUAAAAUUGCUUAAGCAUGUGUGAUUUAAA